AUGGCUUUGAGCAUCUCAUUCCCCGCUGAGAAGUUAAUUCGGAUGGGACAAAUGAAUGAUGCAUCUGAGGUAUUGGAGGCAAUCUUAAGACGCAUGCAUGAUUCAUACACUUAUCGUGCUGACUACCAUGCUGAAUCUCACGAGCACAAUUGUAGUGGCUCAUGGGAUUGUGCAAACAAGGAUUGCAUUGCACACACUAUAUUUGGUGCAGACGUCCAUGAAAGGAUGAUCUGCUACAGUUGUGGGUUAGAGUCUAGACAACAAAAAUAUACAUCAUUUCUCCAUUAUAUCAAUGAUUGUUCACUUAAUUAUGCAAUGAGGAUCUGUCCAGGCAAUCCAUUUGAUGAUAUUUUGAAGGCUGUGAUGAUGGAUGUCCACAGAACUUGUGAUCCUGAUGUGGGUGGCUGUGGAAAAUCAAAUCAUAUGAGCCACAGUCUCUCUAGUUCCCCUCAUGUUUUCACAGUUGCUUUGGGAUGGCAGACUGGAAAUGGGAGUGUGAGGGACAUGCUACCUCAUAUUUUGGCUGCCCUUGGGACAGAGAUAGAUUUGGGCGUUAUCUACCCUGGUGCAAGUCGACGGAGCAAACACUCCCUGGUGUCAAUGGCUUGCUUCUACAGCCAGCGCUAUAUCUGUUUUGCUAUCGAUGGCGAGCACUGGGUCCUGUAUGAUGACCAGACUGCUGAGGUUGUUGGUGAUUGGAUUCAAGUGCUCAGUAUGUGCGAGGAAAAGGAAAUGCAACCUCUGCUUCUUUUCUUCGAAGCUGCAAAUUGA